CACCGACCAAGUAGCUUUCUCCACAACCCCGAAUAUCCCCAUUCAAGACCGCCGUCUCACUCACGCAACCGAAGCAUUGUGGUGACAAACAUCAUGCUACUCUGUCCUUUUAAUCUAGCUGCGCCGCACAUCCCUGCGGGUAAUAUGGGACGCGGGACAGGGACGCGGAGCGUGACUUGGCCCGCCGAAUGCGUGGGAAGAGGACAACAUGCCACAUUCAAUUCGACUGUAUAUAUGAGCGCAAGAAAUGCGCUCUCUAGUGAUUUUCUUGCUGCACUAAAGUCCCAUCCAUCCGCAAGUGACCCGAGGCCCCUCCAUAUCGCCCAUCUCCACCGCCAGCGUAUUCCGCGUUCUAUAGAGCAAGAGCAAGAUGAAGAUCACCGCCCUCCUCCCGUUCCUCGCUGCGACCGCACUCGCAACCGCAGACGCCAGCAGCAGCGCCGCAGCGGAUCCCAAUCCCGCCGAGGCCUCGGCGCCGCCAGCCUCAGACCCGACGCCCGCGGGCGCGCUGUGGACAGCGUCAUGGACCGAGGCCUCCCUCUCCGCGUACGAGAAAUCUUGCUCAGCGAAGAGCACGUACAAAGCCUCCAUCUACACGCUCGCACAGCUCUACCCGGAUCUCGAGACGUUCGCGCCGCAGCUCAAGGUCUUCUACAACAGGCAGCUAUACCCGGGGUCGUGGGAGGGCGUGGACAAGCACGGCAACGACCGCGAGCUGAUUAAGAUGGAUGUCGUCGAGCUGCCGUGGAAGGUGCGCGAGUGGAUCAAGACGGAGAGCAAGCAGCGACACUACAGUGUGGAUGGUGAUGUGGUGUUUUUCGCGCCGGGCGCGAUCUAUCCCAUUCUACCGUUGUGGGUCGAGGGUGGUGAUGAGGUUGAGUGCAGUGGUAAGUGUGUCUCCUCUGGCGCUUUGAACGAUGCUGAUGAAAGUGCAGGCGUGUUCGAUGGAUUGGAUGCGUAUUCGAAUGAGCCGGCGGACGGCAAGACAAUUGGGAAGGUCAGCCACAAGCUGAGCGGCGAGGGCGAGGUUGAAUUUACAGUUGAGGCGCUGCGGGUCAAGCUGGCAGCGGGUGGCGAGCGAAGCGAGCUAUGAGAUCGGGCGAGCCUGCGUACUGUUGC